UGUGCCAGUACAUCCCAAUCACAUAUCUAUUUUGAAGGGUCCUUCGAUCAGCUGCACUUGAGUGAAUAUGGAUUCAAGAGUCCCUGGGUGGUGGUCACAUCACAAAAGUAUAAUUUAUGUGUGGCCUUUCUGCAAUUCAUGUUUGGUGCUUGUUCACACUUGCCCCAACCAUUGUCAAGUUUGCUGGCUUCUGUACUAUAGGAACAAGGUGGCUGUUGACUGCCAUUGGCAGGGAAACAUUUCCUCCAAUACAGCUGCUGUCUGUGUUGCCCAGUACUCAUACAGCAGGACUUGUCUCUUCACUUUCUCUCAGCUCGACUUUCAAGCUAGAUAGUAACAGCUGCCUCUGACCAUCAUUUUUGUUCAUAAUUGUGAGUUGGAAUUUUUCCAGCUAUCCAAUUCUUUGAAAAAAGUUGUAGGGUUGGGGUUUUUUGUUUGCUUGCUUGCUUUGUUUUAUUUGUUGAGAGAAUGAGAAUUUUCAUAGCCUUUGAGGGAUCUUUUGAACCAUUUGAUGUUUCAGCAGAUGAAACUGUGGAGGCUGUCAAGCUGAUGAUAAAGAUGAACAAGGCAGGUGGUAUCUGGAGCUGAUGUAUGCUGGAGCAGCCCUAAAGGACAGCUGGAAUCUUGCUGAUGUUGGAAUAUCUUUUGGUUCAACUCUCAAAUGCUUUGUUAAGGAAGAAGACAAGCCAACUCUCUAUGUGUUUAAUGCUGUGACCCAAGAGACAAUGCCAAUGAUGGAGAACAUUUCCCUUCUUGGUAAAAAAGUGUCUGAUCUGAGAACCCUGGUAGCUCUGAGAUGUGGCUUCCCUGCACGACACUUCGUUUGGACGUCUGGGAUGGAUGGAAGGAAUUUUUGAUGGGUUGUCUUCUGGGACAAAAACUUAAAGUCCAACGCUAUUUAUCGACUGAAGGACCAGUACUCAAGUAUCAGAAAAAGGUGGCCCUGUACAUCGCCGCCUUUUAUGGGUACAUUGAGCUCACUGAAUGGGCCCUGAAGCAGGGUGUGCGGCCCGAAGAGGCUGUUGGUGUUCACCCCUGUCGAGCAUGGUGCCAUGAAGCCCUUCAUGCAGAUGUCUCUAAAUGCCCCAUUCAUGCAGCUGCAGAAGCGGGCCAACUGUUGAUUCUGAAGGCCUUUGUCAACUGCAGCGUGCUGUGCCUGGAAUGUAAAAAUGCAGCGGGACAAAUUCCCCUGACUGUUGCGUUUAAACACAAGCAUAAAGACUGUGUAUUAUAUUUAUUGAGUAAAAUGUGGUCCACAGUUUCUUUUCCGAAAAUUUCAGUCCCCAUGAGGAUUUAUAUUAAAAUAAAACAGUGGGUCCUCAGAGCUCAGAGUCACAACCUUAAUAAAAGCCUGCUUUGUGGAGCAAGGGUCUUUGGGGCAAAAGUUGGAGACACCGUGAUGGUGGAUGGUUUCACCACACCAAAAAUGACCACCAAGAGCUGGAAUAAGGCUAGGUACAAGGACUCACAAAGCACUGUGGGCAAGCUACCGCCUCUCAGGGAAGACACUGCAAGCAGGAAACCCGUCAAUCCUUUGGCAAUUUCACAGCAGGACGCAAGACAACAAACCUUGAAAUUGCCUCCACUGGUAGAUGCAAAUACAUUCUCUGAAUUACAAAGACAUCAACAACAGCAUCAGAAAAAAAUUACUGCCACAGCUAGGAAAAAAGAAAAGCUCAUAAAAAAUACAUAUCUCCCCCAAGUCCCCCUCCCCCCAGUUUCCAGAGUGGACUAUUCACACCCAUCUUUUUACUAUGCAACACCCAGAGCUGACUUUUUACUCAAAUCCUCCUUGGCGUGGUUCUCAGAGCACAGUGGUAAGACUCCAAGGGAGAACGCCAUCUACUGCUUAGCAGUGGCCAGUGCCUUUAAAGAGAAACGAUGGCUUCAGCAGUUAGGAAUAGCAAGAGUUCUAGCCAAAAAGAGCAUUUCUAACCUGACUAUACAAGGAAGCCUAACAGCAUGUGAAAAUCCUCCAGAAAUUGUGCCUUGAAAAGUCAUGACAACCCCAGUUUGGACAAAGACCUGGUCAAACAGA